AUCAUGUUUGAGACCUUCAACACCCCCGCCAUGUACGUGGCCAUCCAGGCCGUGCUGUCCCUUUACGCCUCUGGUCGUACCACUGGUAUUGUUAUGGACUCUGGGGAUGGUGUCACCCACACUGUCCCCAUCUACGAGGGUUAUGCUUUACCCCACGCCAUCCUACGCCUGGACUUGGCCGGCCGUGACCUGACAGACUACCUCAUGAAGAUCCUGACAGAGAGAGGUUACAGCUUCACCACCACAGCUGAAAGGGAAAUCGUCCGGGACAUCAAGGAGAAGCUUUGCUACGUCGCUUUGGACUUCGAGCAGGAGAUGGCCACUGCUGCCUCCUCUUCCUCCCUGGAGAAGAGCUACGAGCUCCCCGAUGGCCAAGUGAUCACCAUCGGCAACGAGCGGUUCCGGUGUCCGGAGGCUCUGUUCCAACCUUCCUUCUUGGGCAUGGAGUCCUGCGGGAUUCACGAGACCACCUUCAACUCCAUCAUG